ACCGCGUCCCUAGUCAGCGCUUCCCCAUGGCCAUAUCCCACCAUCAAAUCAACUUGCCAAUUCUUUCUUGAUUUCUUUCCUGAUUCUCCUUUUUUGAUUUAUUAUGGGGAGGAGAAACAAGAGUCGCCUUCCACCGGACCAAUCAAGCCCGCCACCCGCGGCAUAUACUCAUCCGAGCAAUCUAUAUCCAAUCUGUGAUAUACAUAGUAUAUGUACCUAGGUAUAGAAUGAUGAUGAUAAAGAUCUACACGUGUGCCUGUGCGCGGAAUCAAGAAACGGCCAAGGGGAAAAUCAUCGCGAAUCAUUCAUUUCAAAUCUCGCCUCGCCUCGCCCGUAUCGCGCGAACUAGGGGCCUUCAACUGCCGGCCACCAUCAGGUUUUUUACCCUUUCUAUAUUCCAUUUUGCCCUGCUUCAUAUCGUCCGUCGUCUAGAGAGACCCAAUCAACGACCAUGUACUCUUGAAUUCCUGAUUUCCUUCAUUUCCUCGGCAUCAUCGUCAUCAUCAUGUCGAUAUCUGUCUCACAGUACACUGCAGUACAGUACCUUGCAGACACCUAAAAAGCACAGGGGAGAAGGACGGCGGUGUGUAUCCAUUCAAAACAGCAAGCCAAUCGCAUCCCCGCAAUCCUCCUCCACCUGCCUCAUACCCGCUGUGAAACCAAUGACAAUCUCUCUCAUGACUUCUGUCCAUUUUUCUAUUGAAUCACCCAGUUAGUCUGCUUCACAUUCCGUGACUUGCACCUUUUGUCUUUCAAUCAUGACCUUGAUUUGGAAAGGUGAAUAGCGCAUUAUUCUUUCGUGUGUGAUGGUGGUGGUGUUGGUGGAAGACCGUUCUCACUUCACUGCCACCACCACGGCUGAAAUGCCAUCUCGAUCCUCUCUUUCCUACUUGCCUAUUCCACUCCCCCAUCAUUCAAUCUACUUGUAUGCGAUGUGGAAGGUCGUGGACUCGGGAACCUACCUAGGCAAGUCACACACACCUUUUGCGACCUUGUCACAGCCGUCCGUUAUGUGUCUAUGUGUCUAUGUGUAUGCCGAUGCCAUCCGUUGACUGUCUCCCCUUCACCCAACUCAUUCGACUAAACAAUGACAUACCGCAAUCACUCUACCCGAGUCAUCCAUACCGCGAGUUCAACAUGCGCAUCACCACGCAUCCUACAUCCUGCAAAAGCUACAUACAUACUCACACUCCUGUAACGAGAAUAAGGCAGCCUUCAAUUGCACUUGCCCGCGCAAUCAAAAUCCUUCAUCCUCCAUCAGAAAUUACUGGCAGUAAUCUACGUACAAGUGCAAUUAACCUUCCAACUCCCAAGGCACACAUACAUGUACAUAGCACAUGGUACAUGGUACAUAUGCAUAUACGGAGCGGUGGCGCCUUCCUUCCUCCCCUCCCGACCCCCCGU